CAGCGGGAAAUGCAGCACAUUCCAAAAGAAAAAAAUAAUGUGGACAUUGAUGAAUUUUGUUUGGUAAAAGAAAGUGUAUCUGGCGAAUGGCAGAGAGGAAGAGUCAUGGAAAAGAAAAAUGAACUCUAUACAGUGCUCCUCAUAGAUCAUGGAAAAGAACUAAAAGUUAAUAGUACACAGGUUGCUUCGGCCUGUGGCAACUUAUUUGAGCUACCGCCACGGGUAAUAGUUGGUAUUUUUGCCAACAUACUACCAAAUGGGGAAAGAUGGCCUCCUAAGGCUUUGAAUUACUUCAAGUCAUUAGUAGGACUACAAGUGAAAGGCUGUGUACAAGCUGUUUUGCCUCUUCAAAUGCUUCUUCUUGAAGUGCCAAAAAUUAUAUCACAGGUUCUUGAAUUACAAUUAGGCAGACUUAUUGAUGGGGAUUCGUUUCGUCUUAUUGUGGAAAUGUUAAAAGAAUUCCCACAGGAAAUAUCAGAUUUACUAAAACAUAAAAGACCUGAGUUACCAUUAAGUAAUAAUGAUGCUUCACUUGAUAUUCAACACAUUCUGGGUAAUUUGCAGCCAACUUUGUCAGUAGGCAGUAUUGAAAGUAUAAAGAUAUCCUCUGCAUUGAGCCCAAGUAAAUUUUAUUGUCAGCUAAUUAAAUGGAUUCCAGAAUUAGAAAACUUAACAGUGUGUAUGACUUUGCAUUAUGAUACAGCCAGUCAAGAAAGUAGUCCCACAUGUGAUAACUUUGGACUACUUUGUGUUGCCAAAAGAAGAAAUGGGCAGUGGCAUAGAGGAAUUCUUCAGCAGCUCUUGCCCAAUAAUCAAGUGAAAAUUUGGUUCAUGGAUUAUGGCAAUAGUGAAGCUAUACCCUCCAUCCAUGUAAAGAAACUUAAGCAGGAUUUUAUUUUAGUACCAUUAUUUUCAUUUCCAUGUUCUCUGACAUAUUUGCACAGUCCAGAUAGAGAUGCCAGAAAAUCUCAACUGAGUGUAUUUAAACAAGCUUUGUUAGGACAAAUAGUAUAUGCACACCUUGACUGGUUCAAUAAGGAUGAACAUUUGUAUUAUGUAACACUACAAACUCAGGAGUCUACAACUAAUUCUAAGUGUCUGCUGAAGACUGUAGGCACACAAGUACUCUGUCCAGUGUCUGAAUCAAAAAUCUCUAAUAUGUUUAAGGAGACUAAUGCUUCUGAUGUUAACAGCUUUGCAGUUGAGCAUUUUACUGGAAAUAUUGAACGGCCGAUAGACUCUCUAAAUAAAAGCACUUUGAAAGUAGGUUUUCCUGUUAAAACUGUAGAGAUGGACAUACGGGCUACCUAUAUUGCUUUUGUGGCCUAUGUAUUAAACCCAUCAAAUUUUUGGGUACGCACUAAUGAACAUCAGCAUGAACUUCAAGAUAUAAUGAAAAAUAUAAACAAAUCUUAUGACUUGUGUGAAAAUGAUGAACUGAUUCUAAGAAAUCCAGAGCCCGGAUUAUUAUGCUGUGCUAGAUACAGCAAGGACAGAUACUUUUACAGGGCUAUCAUCACUGAAAUUAAUGGUUAUAAGAUUAAUGUUUAUUUUAUAGAUUAUGGAAAUACUGAUUCCAUACCAUUUUUUGAUGUAAAAAUUUUGCUUCCAGAGUUUUGGGAGUUGCCUGCCUUAGCCAUGUGCUGUUCACUUGCACAUAUAUUUCCUGUUGAAGAUUUAUGGGUUAAGGCAGCAAUUGACUAUUUUAAAAAAAUUGUCUUGAACAAAGCAAUUUUGCUUCAAGUUAUAGCAAGAAAAGAUGACAAGUACAUUGUAAAUAUUCAGAGUAUUGAAGCCUCAGAAAAUACUGAUGUUGUCUCUCUCAUGUUACAAGCUGGAUAUGCAGAAUAUUGGGAAGUAGAACCAGAAUGUCUCCCCAAAUCUGUAAGUGAAUAUUCAGUGUUAAAUUUAAAGUGUAAAAACAAAGUUAAUAUUAAAGUCCUAUCUGCCCUUCUUGAAGGACCUAAACCUAAGAAGUAUCAUUCAAAUAAGCUAAAAGACAGUAACUUGUCUUUGUUAAAGUCCCCAGCUGUUAACUUCUCAGAUUUAAGAAAUCCUUCUACUUUGUCUGUGGGACCGGAAUCAAUACGACCUUAUAAAGAAUAUAUGUUUAAACCAGGAACAGUCCUUGAAGUCAAGUGUUCUUCUUAUUAUGGCCCAGGAGACUUUUCAUGCCAGCUUCAAUGUAAGUUAGAAGACCUAAAAUUACUAAUGGAUCAAAUUCAGGAUUAUUACAGCAUUCAUUCUGAUCCUUAUCAAACUGGGCAGAUUGCUUGUGUUGCUAAGUAUUCCAAAGAUGGGAAGUGGUAUAGAGCUGCUAUUUUGACUCAAGUAUCAAGAAAAGAAUUUGACAUAGUAUUUGUUGAUUAUGGUUACCAAGAAAGGGUUUUAGUUAAAGAUAUUUGUGCUAUUAACCCACGUUUUCUUGUUUUAGAAGUCCAAGCCUUCAGAUGUAGUCUUAACCAUUUAGUUGAACACAUCAGUGGUAAAUUCUGUUGGACAAGAGAAGCAUGCAGAGACUUUAGGAAUUUUAUUUCUUCCUCUGGAGGGUUAUUGACUUGUGUCAUUUAUGCCUUAGCUCUUAUAUAUCCAAACUGUUUAUAUAACUUGGUGGAUUUACACUCUCCACUUACUAGUGCAAGAGAAUUUCUCAUUAAUCAUGGCUCAGCACAGUAUAGUAUGUUAUCAAAGCCAUUCCCAUCUUCAGUUAGUCUUUACAGUUACUAUUAUUCUUCCUUUAACAUAAAAAUUGGAAGCGAGGAAGAAAUAUACAUAUCUCACAUAUAUAGUCCCAAAAAGUUUUAUUGCCAACUUAGUAGAAAUAUUAAAGACCUAGAGAUGAUAGAAACAAAAAUCGUAGAGAUUAGUAACCUCAAAAAUUGUCCAAAAUAUGAUCCUAGUAAAACGAGGUUGUGCAUAUCUAAGUAUAUAGAAGAUGGUGUCUCUUACAGAGCUUUAGCAAUGCCAACGGAUUCAUUAACUGAUUUUCUGGUCUAUUUUGUGGACUUUGGAAAUAAGCAGUUAGUAGAAGAAAGUACAUUGAGGGUGAUUUCAGAUCAGUUUCCAGAAUUGCUGUUUACACCCAUGCAAGCUAUUAAGUGUUUUUUGUCAGAUCUUAGAGAUGUAGAUAUUCCAGCAGAAAUCAGUGGCUGGUUUGAAGAUAACUUCUUAGGAAAACCGUUAAGGGCAAUAAUAUUGUCCAGGGAGUCAGAUGGCCAGCUUGGUAUAGAAUUGUAUGAUGGCUGUCAACAUAUAAAUGAGGAAAUUAAAAUGUUGCUUCAUGCUUAUGGAAAAAAACAUUGUGACCAAGCACACUGUGUGGAAAAGAGUCCUAAAAUAAGUGAGAAUGAAAGACUUGCUGUUUCUUUGAAAGGCAAAAUAGAAAACAAUUAUCAUCAUAAUAUGAUAAAUAAAACUAAUCUAGUAACGUAUUCUGAAAACAAAAUAGAUCAAUUAAUGAAUCCUGGAAGUACAUAUGCCAAGCUUUUGAAACCAUCAGUUUGUUAUAAAAUUGAACCGGUGUCAAAAACCAAAGUGAACUCUUUGAGUAGUGGACUAAAAAGUAAGGGAGUAAAAAGUGUCUCUGGAUCUGCACAUGCUCUCGAUGAAAAUGAUGUGGGCCACAGAUCAGUAAGGGUUGUAUCACAGUGUUUUAGUGGAGAAUUAAAUCAAGCAGCCUCUCAAAACCCAUCUAAUCUUAUGAGACCACAGAUCAAAGAUCUUCCUCAACCCCAAAUCUAUUUGAAUGCCAAAGUUAAAGGAUAUGUUUCUAAUAUCAGUAAUCCAGCAAGUUUCCAUAUCCAGCUGGCUGAGAAUGCAAAUGUAAUCAUCAGACUCACAGAUGCUCUAAAUGGAAGCAGAGCAAAUUUAGUGAAAGAGAGAAGAAAAUCAGUGAAGCCUAUGGUGGGAGACCUUGUCAUUGCAGAAUACUUUGGUGACCAUGCCAUCUACAGAGCAGUAAUUAAGAGAAUUUUGCCAGGAAAUUCUUUUGAAGUGGAAUUUAUUGACUAUGGUAAUACUGCGGUAAUAAGUGCUUCCAAAAUUUAUGAAUUUCAGAGGGAAUUCUUAACUGUUCCUCAGCUAGGAAUCCAUUCUUUUCUUAGUGGAGUCAAGUGGAAUGAGCCUGAUGAAAUAUGGGACAGUAACACUGUGGAUUUUUUCACAUCAAAAGUGAGUAACAAAAGAGUUUCUUGUGAAUUUUUGAAAAAGCAUGAGCGGAGAUGGGAAGUCAGUAUCAUUUGUGACGGAACGUGUAUCAUUAAUGAAUUACUGAAAUGGACAGCAUAUUCAAAACUACAGAAAACAGUAUUGCAGCUGCCUGUGGCUGUCUCUCAAAAGGUAAGCUCUGGGGAGGAUGAUGAAAUGAAGAAAGGAAAAUCAAACGAGUGUAAAGGUCCUGGAAUCCUUCAACCAUCCUGCCAACAGCUGGUUAAGAUUCCUUUGGAAGAGUUAAAACCUGGACAACUUGAAAAGUCUGAAAUACUUUAUGUCUCAAAAAGUGGGAUCUUUUAUGUGAAGUUAUCCAAAAAUAAAAAAAUCUUAUCAGAUUUAACAGUAUUAAUCGCCAAAGAAGUAAAGAAACCCUCUUUAUCAAUUGAAAAUAUUGAAAAAGGUUUAGAGUGCUUGGCAAAAUCUAAAAAAUCCUUGAAGUGGUAUCGAUCAAAAGUAGCAAAGAAGUGUGUUGAUGAGAAAGUGCUUGUUUUUUUAGUAGAUUGUGGUAAGUAUGAAAUAGUACCUUUCAGUAAUACCAAGAUGCUUAGUAAUGAAAUUAGAAAUAUUCCAAGACAAGCUGUGCCUUGUAAAUGGAUUUGGUUUGAAAAUUUCAAAAGCCGGCCAUUUGAGUCCAUUGUGGGUUUAUUUGCACAUUUGGAAAUAAAUAUUCUUUUCCUGAAAUAUUUGGACUCUGUGUGGAAAGUAGACAUUCUGGUAGAUGGCCUGUUACUUUUGGAAUAUUUAAAUUUAAAUAAAGUUCAUGUUGAAAACAAACUUACAUCUUCAGAAACUAUUUUGAGUGUGGAAUCUAAGACUACUGUGUCCUCUUGUACAACAAGAUCAUAUACUUGGGCCCAGCUCCACAAUGGAAAACAAUAUUCUGGUAUUGCCACUGCUAUUUCUGAUCCAUCAGAUUUCUGCGUUCAGUUAGAAGAUUUCUUUGACAUAAUGAAAUCUCUCUUUGUGUUGCUUUCUGAUCUACCAGAAAAGUUGCAAAGAGUGCCUCAAGAGUGCAUAAUUCCCGGUGCAAGUUGUUUGUUCAAAUAUGAAUUGGAAGAUCAGUGGAAUAGAGUAGAAAUUUCUGAGGUCUCUAAUCAAUCUUUAUUACUUGUGUUGAUCGACUAUGGAUUUUCUGUUUCCAUACCUUAUUCAGAUAUAAAAAAUCUGAAAGUUGCUCCUGUCGAACUUUUGAAUAUACCAAGGUUGAGUUAUCCUUGUAUCUUACAUGGUAUCUUACCUGCUGAAGGGAAACACUGGAAUGUAGAAGCCAAAAGUUUUUUUCAAGAUUUCCUAAGUAAACCAGGCUUAGUUUUUCAGUUUAGGACAUAUAAUCUUGAAACAAAACUGAAAGUAGAGGUCAUUCAUGAGAAGAACAAUUUGGCAGAUAUGUUAGUCGCUUCUGGUUUUGCAGCGUAUUGUAAAGAUUCAGAUCAUCUUAAUGAUGGAGUUAGUACUGGAUCUACUACAAUCCAGCCUCAAUUACAGGGGAAGCCUCUCUUCCCAUUGUUAGAUCAAAAUUGUUAUAGAAGGGAAAAUAUAAGUUGUACCUGCUCUGAGAAACAAAGGCAAAAAGAGAAAACUGUAAAGAGGAAAGAAGUCUACCAGAACCUCUUAAGGAAAAGCUGUAUCCGUAAAAGAUUAUAUUCUAGAAACGUAACUCUGAGAGAGAAGGCUGAUUUUGGGCAGUGUAAUCCCCAAAGUUCCUUUACAUUGGAUACGUGUUCAGCUUCAUUUUGGGAACCACCUAAUAGUUUCAAGAAUAACAUCAAUUAUGCUGAAAACAUUUUUGAAAAACUACCAACUGAAGAAAUACAGGAAAACAACAUAGUGGAUUUGAGAAUAGCAGUAAAAGCAUCGCAUGCUAAUGAAAAAAUUGUAUCAGAGGAACAAUUUAAGGAACCCUUAAAGGUGCAAGGAGAUGAAAGCUCAGAUCUUUUAUGCAUCAGUUUGGCAACAGAUAAUACAUAGGAUACCCAGUAAUUCCUGUUUUGUUUUAGAUGCUCCAAAUAUAUAAUAAAGUGGUGUCUUUCCUGACUAAAGCCUCUGUUUCUGUUGCUACUUUAUAGAGUCAUCGUCGAGGUCAUGGAUAGUACAUAGAGAGUUAAUGCUACACAACCACAUUCCCAGGAAAAUAUGGGUGCUUAUAGGACACUUAGAAUAUGGAAGAAAAGUCAGACUUAAUCCCAUUCUUCCCUCUCUCUAGCUCAUACAAUGGGAUUUUUCUUUUACUUUAUUUUGUGUGUGUGUGUGUGUGUGUGUGUGUGUGUGUAUAUAUUUAUUUUGGCUUUAUAUUUUUAGUUAUUUGUUGUAGAUAUUUGUGACAUUCAAGAACACUACUGUUUAGUUGGGGGAGAGAGGAUUUUGUCAGUGCAUUUACUUGUGAAUUAGGAUUUAUCUUACAAGUAAACAUUUAUUGAGCAAAUUCGGAGUAUAUUCUUGCAGAGAUAGAACCAUAAAAUCAUACGAGUACACUUAAGAGUUUCUGCCAAAUAGUUUCGAAGAACUAGAGAUUUGGUGAUUUAGAAAAUAUUUGAAGAAACUUAGAUAUUUUCUAAGCUAGCUAGGGCAAUCAAAUUUAUUAUUGGUACAUGUAUAUUGAGUGUAUUGAUGUUGUCAUUUUUUUGUGGUUAGGAAGUAAUUUCCAGAAAUACUGUUGUUUAUGAAUAGGAGUUUAAAUUUGGUAUCUUGAAAGUUUAUUCGAAGUGAGGAGUGUAUUUUUACACUACAAAUUAAUCUGUGGUUUGUGGUUAUUUUAGAGCAGACCAUUUAACAUUGACUCUUUGUAAUAUAAUUUCUUUGAACACUUUUUUUUUCCUUUUCCCCCAAAUCUUACCAGAUCUUAGAGAUUAUUUUGUACACUUUAGAAAAGUGCUUCUAUUGGAAAAAUAAUUCACUCUAUACAACUUCUGUGACUGUUGUAUCAUAGGGCACUGGGCAGCUUUUGUUUGUUUUGGUACCAUAAAAUAUGGCAAAGAUAACAAUUUGGUUAAUUUAAAAAAAAUAAAUGAACUUGAAUGCCAAAAAAAAAAAAAAAAGAUAAAGUAAUAAUGGAUGUUUUUGGUACCAGUUUUAUCAGGAAGAGCCUCCGGUCCUUCAGUUUUUUAGAUUUAACUUCAUUGAAUUGUGUCUUCAGGUGGAUUUCUAGUUUUUACAUCGUCAUUUAUUUAAAAAGACGCUGUCCACUGAGUUUUUGUGGAAACUGUCAAAAACACUUGACCCAAAAUGACUUACUUGUGGACUCUUAAUUGUCUUCCAUUGAUGAAUAGGACUAGCCUUUUGCAUGUACUUCACUGUUUUGAUUAUUAUAGCUUUGUAAUAUUUUUGAAAUAAAAGUUCUCAUUUGUUCA